CACCGACCAGACAUCUGGCAACCACGAAUCGGCUUUUAUUUACCAAAAAUUGUUGCUAAUAUUUUGAAUGAAAUCUGCGGUAUCUUAACUAAAAACCAGCCUGGUCCGGGCAAUAUGCGGCUCUGUCAGUAUCUUGUAGUCACCUUCGCCCUAAUGACAUGCUCGGCCAGCAACCAUUGGGUGCUCAAAGACGAGCGAAUUGUGCAGAAGCUGGAUUCCCCUUUCCACAUGCGUGAGCCGCAGAAUCUGGCCGCCUUCCUGGAGCAAAUACGCUAUAAUGAAUAUGUGGAGCGAUCCUAUUUGGAUUUGCUGCGCAAACGGGAGCAGAUAGUCGAACAUUUGCGUUUCUCAAUGCGCUUUGGAGAGGAUCUGGCCGAACAGGCCAAAUGUGCCAUGGAUUAUUAUAUGCUGGAGAAGCGUAUGUCGUAUUUAAAGAUCACACCGGAUCAACUAAAGCGUAUUAAUCUGCCCGAGGGACAAAAGGAUCUGAAUCAGGCCCAGAUCAGGGAACGAUCCCAGGAAGAGCCCAUAUGCACCAAGUACCAGGAGCUGCCAGUGGGUCCAUCCACCUACGAUCACCUGGAGAGUUUUCAUCCCGAUGUCAUUGAGUCGGCGUAUGUGGAGCGUGAGCAUGACAAUAAUAUAGGCACUGCGACAGUGGAGUUAACGCGACGCUUUGCCGCCGAUGGACUGCAACAUCAUCCGGGAUCAUGGAAAUUUCAUACGCUGAGCUCCUAUUACUGGCGUAUGCGGGGCAACGCACGACAGGCUCUGCCAUGUGCUCGCAUUGCAGUAAUGCUGGCACCUCCAAUGUUUCGGGACAUUCCGCUGCUCUCACUGGGCACUAUUCUUUUUCGCAUGGGUCGUCUAGCGGAUGCAGAUCUAUUGCUUACAGCCGCCGUGGAGCAUGCUCCGCUAGUGGCCGAAAAUCAUGUGGUCCUUGCAUCGGCACUGGCUAUGAAGCACGAUUUUAAUCGAUCAUUGCAGCAUUUUGAUGAGGCUGAACGUCUUGAUCCAAGUACAUUGCCACGCACCCAGCAGGUGCGAAAUUUUAUCAGUUGCCUGGAGAAUCUCACCAAGAAGACAUCCAAAAUGUACAGUUACGUUAAGUAUAUGAAGAACGAAGUGAAGGAGUUCAAGAAGCUGAAAUAUCACAUAUCGCAGAAUCAUGAGCGAUUAAUCCAACAGCAAUUGCCAUUGGGAGCUAGACGUUUUCUCGAUUUAAAGCACUCAAAUAAUGAUGAUCUACAUCGUCGUGGGCAAUACUGCAGUACACGGACACCAAAUGGGUCUGAUGAGCCGGUACUCUUCUGUGACUUCUAUUCGGAUAUGCAAAUGCGACUGGAAAGCAAAGAUGUCGAUAUUGAUGUACUCGAGCGUGAUUUAAAGGCCAAUACUGAUGCUGUUAUUCGGCAGGUGUCUACCGAAAUACGCAAGCAAUUUAAUUUGGAGCAGCUAAAGGCCGCUAAAGCCCAAAUGCCAGCAAAGGCCACCAAGACCACGUAGAAUGAUCCAAUCCAAGGCUAAUGCCCGAAUGCAUUCCCAAUGCAACAAUGUCACAAAUUAGCUUUUAAAUUGUUUUUUAGAGUAUUUAUGUAUGGAUGUAUAUGUGUUGUGUGAAUGUAGGUAUAUUAAAUAUAUAUUUAUAUUUAUAUAGGAAUAGUUUAAGUAAUCAGGUAUAGUUUAAAAAUUUGGUUUUUCAAUUGUGCAUGUUAUUUGUAAAUUAUAUAUAUUACUAUUAUAUAGAAUGUAAUAAAUUCCCCAAGCGGUCUUUAUACAUAUAAAAUAUUUGGGACUUGCAGGCCUACAUAAAAAUAUAUUUAUAAAAGAUUUUAUUAUACUUACCAAAACAAA